AUGAGAGAAAAAAAGAUUCAUUAUAAAGAUAUAAAUGUAUUUAUAACAUGUUCACUCUGUAACGGAUACUUAAUUGAUGCUGCGACAAUACCAGAAUGUUUACAUACUUUUUGUAAAACAUGUAUAGCAGCAUAUUUGGAUAAUGAUGAAGAAGAUAAUACACGAUGUCCUAAAUGUGAUUCAGUUAUUGAUCAUGUUAAUCCAUGGCGUGUAUUAGUAUUUGAUCGUACAUUACAAUCAAUUGCUUAUAAAUUAGUACCACAUCUGUACAAAGAAGAAAUUGAACGACAAAUAGCUUAUUAUAAAGAACGAGAUUUACCAUAUCCUCCAUCAUUAGUUGAAAAAUUACAAGAAAAACGUGAUGAAGAAGAACAACAAAUAAUUCCAUCAAAUUCUGAUUUACAUAUUUAUGAUGAUCAAGUAGCUAUUUGUAUUGAUGCAAAAACAAAAGAUCUUCAAUCACUUUCACGAAAAUUUAUUAUCUGUUCAAGUAAUGCAACUGUAACACAUUUAAAAAAAUUAUUGGCCAAAAUGAUCUUUCAAGAUCCAUGUCAAUAUAGAAAAAUUGACAUCUAUCUCGAUGAUCAGAUUUUGGGCAAAGACCAUACAAUGCGUUUUAUCUCAUUAACCAAAUGGCGUCAUAAAGUAACUUUAUUUAUUUCAAUAUUAUAA